CACCAAAUCUGGAAAACCAAUAGAUUCAUUUUCUUUCUUCUGCAAAAUCUCAAAGCUAUCCAGAAAAAAACUCCCUUUGGACUCACUACCCAGAUCUUGCCUAGAUUUUCUCCAUUCUUUUUUUUCUCAAAAAAGGUUGAAGCUUUUCUAGAUUCCUUGAAGUUUUUGCAACCAUGGAGAUUCUGAGACCGGCGACGACGUCUCACGUGUCCGGUGGCAACUGGCUCAUGGAGGAGACAGAGAGCAACGUCCCCUUGGCAGCUUCUCCCGAUGCCGCCACGUGGACGGUAGCUGAGAACAAGGCGUUCGAGAAUGCUCUGGCAGUUUACGACGACAACACUCCUGACCGGUGGCAGAAAGUAGCGGCGGCGAUUCCGGGGAAGACCGUGAGUGACGUCAUCAAACAGUAUAACGACCUGGAAGCUGACCUCAGCAGCAUCGAAGCCGGUUUAAUCCCUGUUCCCGGUUACAUCACCUCCCCUUUCACUCUUGACUGGACCGGCGACGGCGGAUGUAACGGUUUCAAACCGGGUCAUCCGGUUGGUAACAAACGGUUGCCGGCUGGUAGAUCGCCGGAGUUGGAGCGGAAGAAAGGUGUUCCUUGGACGGAAGAAGAACACAAGCUAUUUCUAAUGGGUUUGAAGAAAUACGGUAAAGGAGAUUGGAGGAACAUAUCUAGAAACUUUGUGAUAACGCGAACGCCAACACAAGUCGCUAGUCACGCCCAAAAAUACUUUAUCCGGCAACAUUCCGGCGGCAAGGACAAGAGACGAGCAAGCAUACACGACAUAACCACUGUGAAUCUCCAAGACGAAGCUUCUUUGGAGACCAACAAGAGCUCCAUCGUUGCACGAGAGCAGCGUUCAAGACUAGCCGCGUUUCCGUGGAGCCAAACGAACAACAAUGGAACGCAUGCAGACACUUUCAACAUAACGAUUGGAAACGCUAUUAGUGGCGUUCACUCUUAUGGUCAGGCUCUGCUAGGGCCGUUUAACACCGCAGAUUCUUGCUACGACGCGCAGAACACAAUGUAUCAGUUAUAAUGAGUGGUGAUAGAUCUCUAAUUAAAGGGUGUGAGUUAGAUUCUUAAAUUUUUCAUAUGGACGGAACAAUCGUAUUUGAAAACUGUAUAAUAAACGUCCAUUCGUUUUCACUGA